AGAUGGGAAUGAAUAUACCCAUGGAAAGGGAGCAUUAGGAGCUGUACAGGGAAGCGGAUUUGGACCAGUGCAUUUCAGGAUGGAUUUUGAGGUGUGGAUAAAUUUAGUUCCUUGCAUGCAUUAGAAGAUGGGUGAAUGGUGAGAUACCAGGAUGGAACAGGAGUCGGUGGAAGGUAGUCCAGUUGUAGAUCACCAGAUGGCUUCGGGUGGCCUGCCUAGUGCAGGGAUAGGGAACAUGUCCGUCCCCCCCCGCCCCCGACUCCGACUCCCAUAAUCCCUGACGAUUGGCAAUGCUGGGCAGUGCCAGUGGGAGUUGGGAGUCCAACAAAAUCUGGAGGGCCGCAGAAUCCCUAGUCCACACCCAGCUAUCCAACUAUAAGUGUCUGCUUAUAGUUGGAAUCCUUUCAAAAUAAUGAUAAGCCAGGUGGACUCUGGUCUGACGCUCACUGAGAAUAGUAGGGCACAAGGCAGAGAGGCCAACAGGAGGUGAAGUCAGAGCCAACGACAGGCAGAGGUGAAUCAAUUCCAGGUCCAACCCUUUGGGUUACGAAUGGAGUAUAUAAUAAAGCAGAUUAGUUGUGCCUUAACUGUUAAAGAGAUCCUGAGUGUGCAUGUUUGCUUUGUAAAUUGAAAGACAUUGAUGGAUAUUCCCCCGUUUUUCAGUAGAUCGUGCAGGACAAAAGUCGCUUCACUCUGGUACAAAUGUACAAACUGCCCUGCCCAGCAACUAAUUUUUAACAGGUCGGUUUAGACAGUCAGCAGAAACGAGUGGAAAGGUGUUUUUUUCCUGGAUUGAACAACACUGCAGGUGGGAGUGGCGUGCCCGAGUGCAGCGUUCCCCAAGGCGAAGGAGUCCCAAAACAAAACUCCGUGUCCCACAACAGGCAAGCAGUAGCGAGCAGCUGAGAUGUACAUGGAACAACUUUUCCCCAAAUCUCUACUGAUAGCCACACUGAUAGCCACUCUUGGUUUGCCGGUGGGGGGGGGGCGUGUGUGGGACAGACAGGACAGCUGAGAUACAUAAUAGGGCGGAUGACUAUUAGGAUUGCCAUUUGCAUUGCAGGCAGAUAUACAGGAACAAAGGGAGAAUUCAGGAUGGGGUUACCGACUUAAAACGGCAGGGCCCGUUUACCAUAUACAUGACAAAUAGGGUGGGUGGAAGCACUAUUUCUCACAAGCAUGAAACUUUUUGCAUUUUUCUUUUUGCAUUUGUACAUGUGUUUCCCUAAGACAAGAAGGGAGGCACUGUGCAAAAGUAUGUGCUUUGCUUAUGAUGGGCCAAUUCACCAGUCUGGCAGGGGUGGAGGUGGAGAGGACAGGUGCUCAUUAUGAACUUCUUGUUGUCACCCAAUCCAGGCUGCAGGGGACGCAUCCGACCACACGCAGAGCACUCAUCCCACUUAUUCCACAGGGGAAACAUAG